AUGGUGAUGGACAGCAGCGGCGGCGGCGUGGCCGAGGCGGUGAGGGGCGCGAGUGGUGACGAUAACAGCGACGCUGAAGGAGACCCGACUGUCACAGAGCAGCUGGAGAAAGCCAACGAGAAUCUCAGGCCCGACCGGGACGGUAUCCAGAUCAUUGGGGACAUCGCCGUGUCUCGCCUGCCCAACCUGAGGAACGCCGACCCCUGCGUCCACCGUGGAUUCAUGUGGCCCAAAUCCCAUGACGGCAAGGUUUACGUUCCCUAUGUCAUCGCUAAUACUUCCUGUAAGUACCCCCAUAGAUGCUACUCCUACGUGGGUCGCCAGGGUAAUGGCCAGGCCGUGUCUCUGAGCCAGCAUCUGAAUGCUUCUUCCACUGCUGCAGGUCAGGAGCACAACUUCAGAAAGAUCAACACCCCGUAUGACUACAACUCCAUCGUGCACUAUGGCAGGCUGGCUUUCUCCAAAGACAACUACCACCCCACCAUUGCGGCUGUUCCCGACGCCAGUGCUGUGUUCGGCACGGCCAGGCAGAGGAGCCAGAACGACCUCGACCGCAUCAACCUGCUGUACUGCGCCAACUAG